GAUGAAGGGGAUCGGAGCGGGCACCCGCCGCCCGGCAGGCCGGGCGCUCCCCAUAUUUAAUGGCGUCACCACUUCCUCACGCCUCCAACGUCUUCUUGCAUUCCGUCCCAACCCAUUCCUUCUCCGUAUCAUCAUCACACAUACCAUCACCCCGAUCAUGUAUGUCACCUACUAGUAACGUGUUAGUGCAACCCCUCAGAUCGAUGUAUCGAGCACUCGAGCUCUAUAUAUUCCCCGCUAAGCUGAUCAGCUCCCACCGUCUGCCAAACCCCUUGCUUGUGCGAUCGCCAACCAGUUCAUCGAUCAUCGAUCCCUACGUCACAACUCACAACCUGACCCAAGUCUACGAGCUAGCUAGGAGGGCGCGCGCGGGGGGCGUCUAUGGCGGGCAAGCGGCGGCUCCGCCACUACACCGUCGUCCUCCUCCUGCUCGCGGCCGUCGCCUCGGUGGCCGGCGGCGAGUUCAUCACGUGGGAGGACCUGACCAUGCCGGCCCUGGCGGCCGUGCCCCGAGGCACGCCGGUCGUCGAAGCAGGCGUCAAGUCAUCGGCGUCGGCGCCGCGCCGCGGGGGUAUGGUGGCCUUGAGCACGAUCGUGGUGUCGCAGGACGGAACGGGGCACUCGCGGACCGUGCAAGGCGCCGUCGACAUGGUGCCCGCCGGGAACACGCGGCGGGUCAAGAUCCUCGUCAAGCCCGGCGUCUACAGGGAGAAGGUGACGGUACCGAUCACGAAGCCGUUCGUGUCGCUCAUCGGCAUGGGGACCGGGCGCACGGUGAUCACUUGGAAUGCGCGGGCGUCGGACAUCGACCCGUCGGGGCACCAGGUCGGCACCUUCCUGUCCGCCUCCGUCGCCGUCGAGGCCGACUACUUCUGCGCCAGCCACAUCACCUUCGAGAACUCGGCGCCGGCGGCGCCGCCGGGAGCGGUGGGGCAGCAGGCGGUGGCGCUGCGGCUGUCCGGCGAUAAGACCAUGCUGUACAGGUGCAGGAUACUGGGGACCCAGGACACGCUGUUCGACAACAUCGGGAGGCACUACCUGUUCAACUGCGACAUCCAGGGCUCCAUUGAUUUCAUUUUCGGGAACGCGAGGUCCCUGUACCAGGGUUGCAGGCUGCACGCGGUGGCGACGAGCUACGGCGCGAUCGCGGCGUCGCAGCGGAGCUCGCCGUCGGAGGAGUCGGGGUUCUCGUUCGUGGGGUGCCGGCUCACCGGCUCCGGCAUGCUCUACCUGGGCCGGGCGUGGGGGAAGUAUGCCCGUGUGGUGUACUCCUACUGCGACCUCAGCGGCAUCGUCGUGCCCCAGGGCUGGAGCGACUGGGGCGACCACACCAGGACCAAGACGGUGCUGUUCGGGGAGUACAACUGCAAGGGUCCGGGGGCGAGCUCACGGCAGAGGGUGCCGUGGUCGCGGGCGCUCACCUACGACGAGGCGCGCCCCUUCCUCGGACGGGACUUCAUCAAUGGCGAGCAGUGGCUCAGAUUGUAGACGACGACACUGUAACCUACCUAAAGAGAAUCUUCCAUUCUCCAAUUCAUUCAGAUUGCUUUGUCUCUUCACUUCACUGCAGAUAAUGUAACCACCUAGUUGACAUGUACUAGUACGGCCAUGUAUGUAACGGACCUGUCACGUCCAUAUAUGUAGCAACAUGAGAUCUGUUGGUCCUGUGAAAAAAAAAGAGAUCGUUUCCCAAA